GCUCGGGCUCCGGAGCCUGGCAGUUGCUGAGACGGAGGGGAGGAGCCGAAGGCAGCGGUCGCCGCUCCCGCCCGCACUGAACGCUCAUCCCGCGAAGCCCCCUCCCACACUCGGGAGGGCGGCGGCGGCGGGAGGAGGAGGAGAAGGAGGAGGGAGCGUCUCUGCCGCCGCCUCCUGGUCCCCAGCGCGGAUCAGCCGCCACCACCUCCCUUCGCGACGAUCCUCCCUCCAUGGUGCUGUCGCGGCCCCCCCUGUAGCCCGAGCUGCCCCGCGCCGCGCCUGAGCCGGUCUCGGGCAGAGGGAGCGGUCGCGGCCUCGCGGCCCGCGCGGGCUGACGAGCGGAGAGUGCGGCGCUUCGCGGUCCCCGAGGGUCCGCACGCCCCGGCAGCGCGGUCGCCAGCAACCGCGCGAGGAGCAGCGGGCGGGCGGGCGGCGCCGGGCCCGGGCCGCCCUCGCUCCCACGCCCCGGCCCCGCCGCCCGCGCCGGGGCGGCAGCCGGCAGAGGAAAGGCGCUGCAGUCUCCGGGCCUCGCGGCCCCAGUUGAGCUUCCUCAGCACCGAGGGCUUGCGGGUCCUGAGUGGAGGACACGAGCCCGGAGCCGGGCACUGAGCUCUUGGGCGCCCCCAACCCAGUUUCAGAACCCUCCACGCUGCGGCCGCUGUCCCCUCCGGACCAUGGCCGACGACGACGUGCUGUUCGAGGAUGUGUAUGAACUAUGCGAGGUGAUCGGCAAGGGUCCCUUCAGUGUUGUACGGCGAUGUAUCAACAGAGAAACUGGGCAACAAUUUGCUGUAAAAAUUGUUGAUGUAGCCAAGUUCACAUCAAGUCCAGGGUUAAGUACAGAAGGUAAGAGAUGGAUUUCAAAUCUAAAGCGGGAAGCCAGUAUCUGUCAUAUGCUGAAGCAUCCACACAUUGUAGAGCUGUUGGAGACAUAUAGCUCAGAUGGGAUGCUUUACAUGGUUUUUGAAUUUAUGGAUGGAGCAGAUCUGUGUUUUGAAAUCGUAAAGCGAGCUGAUGCUGGUUUUGUAUACAGUGAAGCUGUAGCCAGCCACUACAUGAGACAGAUACUGGAAGCUCUGCGCUACUGUCAUGACAAUAACAUAAUUCACAGGGACGUGAAGCCCCACUGUGUUCUCCUUGCCUCGAAAGAAAACUCGGCACCUGUUAAGCUUGGAGGCUUUGGGGUAGCCAUUCAGUUAGGAGAAUCUGGACUUGUUGCUGGAGGGCGCGUUGGAACACCUCACUUUAUGGCCCCAGAAGUGGUCAAGAGAGAGCCGUACGGCAAGCCUGUGGAUGUCUGGGGCUGCGGGGUGAUCCUUUUCAUCCUGCUCAGCGGCUGUUUGCCUUUCUAUGGAACCAAGGAAAGAUUGUUUGAAGGCAUUAUUAAAGGAAAAUAUAAGAUGAAUCCAAGGCAGUGGAGCCAUAUCUCUGAAAGUGCCAAAGACCUAGUACGCCGCAUGCUGAUGCUGGAUCCUGCUGAAAGGAUCACUGUUUAUGAAGCUCUGAAUCACCCAUGGCUUAAGGAGCGGGAUCGUUAUGCCUACAAAAUCCAUCUUCCAGAAACAGUAGAACAACUGAGGAAAUUCAAUGCAAGGAGAAAACUAAAGGGUGCAGUACUAGCCGCUGUGUCAAGUCACAAAUUCAAUUCCUUCUAUGGGGACCCUCCUGAAGAGUUGCCAGAUUUCUCCGAAGACCCUACCUCCUCAGGACUUCUAGCAGCAGAAAGAGCCGUCUCUCAGGUACUGGACAGCCUGGAAGAGAUUCACGCACUUACAGACUGCAGUGAAAAGGACCUAGAUUUUCUACACAGUGUUUUCCAGGAUCAACAUCUUCACACACUGCUGGAUCUGUAUGACAAAAUUAACACAAAGUCUUCGCCACAAAUCAGGAAUCCUCCAAGCGAUGCAGUACAGAGAGCCAAAGAGGUAUUGGAAGAAAUUUCAUGUUACCCUGAGAAUAAUGAUGCAAAGGAACUAAAGCGUAUUUUAACACAACCUCAUUUCAUGGCCUUACUUCAGACUCAUGAUGUAGUGGCACAUGAAGUUUACAGUGAUGAAGCAUUAAGGGUCACACCUCCCCCGACUUCCCCCUAUUUAAACGGUGAUUCUCCAGAAAGUGCAAAUGGAGACAUGGACAUGGAAAAUGUGACCAGAGUUCGGCUAGUACAGUUCCAAAAGAACACAGAUGAGCCAAUGGGAAUCACUUUGAAAAUGAAUGAGCUAAAUCAUUGUAUUGUUGCAAGAAUCAUGCAUGGGGGUAUGAUUCACAGGCAAGGUACACUUCAUGUUGGUGAUGAAAUCCGAGAAAUCAAUGGCAUCAGUGUCGCUAACCAAACAGUGGAACAGCUACAGAAAAUGCUUAGGGAAAUGCGAGGGAGUAUUACCUUCAAGAUUGUGCCAAGCUACCGCACUCAGUCUUCGUCCUGUGAGAGAGAUUCCCCCUCCACUUCCAGACAGUCCCCUGCUAAUGGUCAUAGCAGCACUAACAAUUCUGUUUCGGACUUGCCAUCAACCACCCAACCAAAAGGACGACAGAUCUAUGUAAGAGCACAAUUUGAAUAUGAUCCAGCCAAGGAUGACCUCAUCCCCUGCAAAGAAGCUGGCAUCCGGUUCCGAGUUGGUGACAUCAUCCAGAUUAUUAGUAAGGAUGACCACAACUGGUGGCAGGGUAAACUGGAAAACUCCAAAAAUGGAACUGCAGGUCUCAUUCCUUCUCCUGAACUUCAGGAAUGGCGAGUAGCUUGCAUUGCCAUGGAGAAGACCAAACAAGAGCAGCAGGCCAGCUGUACUUGGUUUGGCAAGAAAAAGAAGCAGUACAAAGAUAAAUAUUUGGCAAAGCACAACGCAGUAUUUGAUCAAUUAGAUCUUGUCACAUAUGAAGAAGUAGUCAAACUGCCAGCAUUCAAAAGGAAAACAUUAGUCUUAUUAGGUGCACAUGGUGUUGGGAGAAGACACAUAAAAAACACCCUCAUCACAAAGCACCCGGACCGGUUUGCGUACCCUAUUCCACAUACAACCAGACCUCCAAAGAAAGAUGAAGAAAAUGGCAAGAAUUAUUACUUUGUAUCUCAUGACCAAAUGAUGCAAGACAUCUCAAAUAAUGAAUACUUGGAGUAUGGCAGCCAUGAAGAUGCAAUGUACGGGACAAAACUGGAGACCAUUCGGAAAAUCCAUGAGCAGGGGCUGAUUGCGAUUCUGGACGUGGAGCCUCAGGCACUGAAGGUCCUGAGGACUGCAGAGUUUGCUCCUUUUGUUGUCUUCAUUGCAGCUCCAACUAUCACUCCAGGUUUAAAUGAGGAUGAAUCUCUUCAGCGCCUGCAGAAGGAGUCUGAUGUCUUGCAGAGAACAUACGCACACUACUUCGAUCUCACAAUUAUCAACAACGAAAUUGAUGAGACAAUCAGACAUCUGGAGGAAGCCGUCGAGCUUGUGUGCACAGCCCCACAGUGGGUCCCAGUCUCCUGGGUCUAUUAGGUUUCUCCUUGGCUAUCUGAGUAUAAAACUGGGAGCCACCUCCUACGUGGAAAAAGCCUCUUUGUUAUCGGCCUUGUGUCAGCAGGUCGUGGUCCCUAGAGACUACCUAGUUGUAGUGUGACCUACAUUUAUAAUUAUUGUCAUGUCCGAAUAGAUAGGAGGAGAAAAUCAAUUACACACUAAUUUAAAGAGACAGUAUCUUUUUUAAUCAGUUCUCCUAAACUUUAAUAAAAUGUAUCUUUAAAUGUAUGUAUUAUUCAAUCCUUUGGAAUGUUAUAUUUUUGGAAAUCAUAGCUUUUUAUUUCCAAGGCCCCUAAAAACUGCACAAAAUAGAUGCUGCUUUCUAUAAUCUAUUUUAAUAAUAAUAAACAAUGAUUCUGUUACCUUGACUGGGGGUGGAACACUACAUUCUUUUUAGAGUCUGAUUUUAUGGAUUGGAAUACCUUUCUUUCCUUUAUUUAUUUGAAAUGAUUAGUCUAGUGAUUACAAAACAGUCAUAAAUUUUUAAAGGCCUUUUUUCUCUCUCUUUUUUUGAAGUCCUUUAUGUAACAUCCAGAUACUGUGAUACUGUCUCUUUGAAGCACCCUGUAAACCUUUUAGAGAUUUGAAGUUGGGUCUUGACUCUUAAUGCAUGUGGACAGUCGCGAGCGUUUAUGCUGUCGGUGUGUCUGUGUUGGACAAAACAAUCUGUAAUUACAGCAAAGUACAUUCCGUUCACGGGGCACACCCAGGGGAGUAAGAAUAAAUUGCUAUUAUGACUAAGUUGUAAACCUAUGCACAUCCCUUGCAUUUCGGGCAACUUUAUAAAACAGAAAAAAAACUGAUUUUUAUUAAUAAUAAUCAUGUAGUGAAAUGUGUUUGUAAUUUUGUCUCAAUUUAAUUUGUUGUAAGGUGGGAGGGGGUAUUGCUGGUUUCGCCAUUUCAGAUCUGUGUUGUCUAAGAGUAUUAACGUUUUAAUUAAGCAAAGAAAUGCGGAUUUUUAAUCUGUAUGUAAUUGUUUUAAGCACCCAUUUAAAGAGAAUAUACUGUGCAAUGAAGAAACCAGUUUAGGCAUUUGCUACAAACUGAAUUAUUCCAAAAGAAUAAUCUAUAACAGCCCUGUAAAUUCCUUUAAAAUGAUAACUAACAGGACAGUCUGUCCAUUUUUUUAAAUAUACUUCAUUGUAUGUGUUCAAUAAUUAAAUGCCUUUGGGUCCUUCAUUUCAUUAUAGAUUUGUUCAGGUCCAAGCUGGUAAUCUUUUAAGUUCUAAAAUUUGUUAGAUGCUCACUGACCCAUCAAAGGUCCAGGAAUAAGUCUCAGUUGGUAGGGCAACAAAGCAGCCUGCCAGGGCACAGCUUGGACCACAUCUGACUCACAAGGCCACCUGUGGUCUCUCCUUCCUCUUGCUCUAUCCCUUGGCACAGGGGAGUCACCUGUCCUUGUUGCUUUAGAAACAUUCACCAUCUCAUCCCCCACCAUGCUGUCAGAAUCACUAGAGGAGGUCCAGGCUGGGGUUCUCAGACUCUGCCAGAGGUCACUAGAGUGUUUCCCCUUCAUGGAUGGGAGAACAGGGCACUGACAUGACUCUGGUCCUUGGAAACAUGCCAUCGUUUUCAUUUCUUGAGGGUUAGCUGGCCUCCAUCACUUUGUGCCUUGGCAGAAUGAGUUCUGGCCUGAACAGCUCCUCUUAGGCACUGAACAGAGAAGGCAUUUUUGUGUUCAUCCUCCUCUCCUGUUUUCAGCAUCCCACCCUUCCCAGCUAUUAUUACACGAUACCAUCUGGUUUCUGUUUGUAGACCAUUCUUUGUCAGUGCCCAGAUGGUCACAACUUACCAACAAGAUACUGUGAGAAUAACUUGUGUCCGGUCCCGCAAGUGAGGGAGACCUAACUGCACACCAGAGACAGGCUCAACGGUGAACUCUUGCUAGGUGGAGAGAGAAAACUUCAGGAGUUGCUUAGGGCUGUGUAGUGCUGACCUCGAUCCUAAUCAGUGCCCAGGCCAGACAUCAUUACUGCAGUAGUACUGACCAUAAGCCACCCUUUUCAGUGGCUCAGUACCUGCUCUACCUCUUCCAGUAAAGCACAACUAAGGUGUGGGAAAAAAGAACCAUUCCUCCCUCUGAGAAUCCCUUAUACUCCCACUUGCUCUUGAGAGCAGAUCUCCAGAAAUGCUGGCAAGGCCUGUCUGUGACCAUCUACCACAUCCCCACAGAUAGAAUGAGCAUAGGAAAGUGAAGCCAGCUUAAGUUCAGGUGAGCACAGACUGAAAGAAGGACUCCAGGACUCGGGGAUAUGGGGACCUUCUCUCCUCACUGGCCUUCUGGAGUCCGAGAGAAGAGCACUGGCGGCAUGCUUCCUGCCCUUAUACAGGUGGUGAACCCCUGCACCUAGAACACAGCGUCUGCCCCAGCAGCUCACCUGCUCUUUCCCACUAAUACACAGCUCUAAAGAGUGUGCUUAUGACGUAGAGGGAAAACCAUCUCUGAAGUCAGAGUGCCACCAGUACAGUCGUACCCCAGGCAAUCAGAGGAAGUUGCUCAAAGCUUCUUGACUGCUUCCAUUUCAUCGGCCGAAACACACACACACACACACACACACACACACACACACACACAAUAUUAGAGCAAAUUACCAGAGAUUGCUAAAUCAGUAGUCAGAUGAAAUGUUGGAAAGCCAGAGUGCAGGUCCUUUCUGCCACCCCAGCCCUACUCCCCACAACAGGAGAGGGAAUGUUUGGAUCUCCUAAGUUCCUUGUUUAAAAGAUGAAGUGAGCUGAUUUUCUAAUCAUAAAGCAGUAAUUACUUCUCACAUGCAGCGUAUUCCUAUCUGAACACUGAAAAGAAAUGUGUCCCUCAGUUGAAUCCAUCUGGAAGUUUCCCAAUGUCGAGAUAACAUUGGAACUACUUUAGAAGCACCCCAUCAGGUGAGAUGGCUUAAAAUAUCGGCUCAGAAAGGCAAAAAAAAGGAGUUGACCUACUUCUUGCUAUCUGCAUUGAGAAGGCAGAGUCUCAGGCUAUUGGUAGCAGAAUAGAUAAAGCUGCAGAGUUCCCCAGCAAAGGAAGAGUGGCAGGAAGCAGUCCCUUCCCUGUAUCUAAGGCCUGGGGCAGGCAGGCAGGCAGGCCAAGCAUUCCUUUGAAGCUCCUGUUGUCUUUUCAAGCUUUUCAUCUCAGAGUUCUGUUUUCCAGUUUGGGGUCUCUUCAUUAAGGUUACCAGGUUUUUUUGUAUUUUUUUCAAAAAGUUCAAUCAACUGAACCACCCUCCAGGAAAUGGGGAGCUACCCAGAAUGGAAACUGCCCCUUAAGGGUGAGGCACCCCAAAGCAUUCUCUUGUCUCCCCCUGGUGGGAUGUUCCUUUAGCAUCUCAGGUCAGUUUCUUACACGGGGGGAAAAUAAGCUUAGCUUGUCACAAAUGCUAUUGAGAAAAUGGUUUGAUUAGUGAAUUCUUAAUACAAAUGUCUCCUUGGAAAGAAUAGAGGGCACACUGCUAAGCAUUCCAAAAAUCAAGCCCCCAGCAUCCCUCAUCACUUCUUGUUUCAGGUCAGCAUUCUGGUGGGUAGAUAGUGGUGGCUGGUUGUCAGAACUGAGCACAGCCUGCUCCGCCUUUUCUCUUCACAAGGACUGUUGCUGCUGAGACACACUGAAUACAUCUUUCUUGAUGCCUUGUUUCUUCCUAUGGCUUGCAGAAGGGCUGCAUGUUCUACUCAUCGCUGUUUUUAUUGGGGGGGCACUUGUCCUUUUUUGGUCCCUUUAGAAAUAGGGUCUCCCUCUCUGUGUGGUACCACUGGCUACGGAACCGUACUUGGGAGGCCUCCUUUGUAAUCGGCUAUGCCUGGGCACUGCACACGUCCAUUUGCCUUAAACUUGUGGGAAGUCUCCGGUUGCCCAGCUUACAGAGUGGAGUUCAGCUCCCACAUCCAUCCGGAAGUAGGGGGAAAGAGGAAGCUGAGUCCAGCCUUCCUAUCUGCACUUCCUGUUGGUGCCUUCAGGCCACAGCAGCAGCAGCAGCAGCAGCAGCAGCAGCUAUAGGGAAAGAACAGUACCGUCUCUAGGACAGGCAUCCGCAAGGCUUAGCUGUUAGAGGGAUGGGAGAGAACAUCCUGACUUCCCACUGUCUGUCACCUGACCCUCCAUUAACUCCCUUGAAUGAACCUGUGCAAAUGGACCAAGCAAAAGACAAUGGAAGGAGAUGUUUGCAGCCACAUGGGAGACCACAUUGCUGGCCCCAAGCACAAUUCCAGCUCUGUAUGUGCAAAAACUUGGCACUUGGCUACUGCUUAGAGUACAAUCCGUUCUUUAUAGCAUGUGACUGAGUUAGGUCCAGGGAAGAUAAGUCUUUUGGACCAGGAGAGAAUCUCAACAGAGGGAUUUGUGCUUGGGAAUAGAAGUAGGCAUUCCUCCACAGAGAGUGGCAUUGCCUUUAUUUUUCAUUUGGCAGAGACCAAGAAUUGGGGGGUAGGGGUUGAUUUCCAGUCUUUGAUGUCGCCUGGGAUGUCCUCUGCAGGCAGGUGGUGCUGAGACCACAGCAUCGUGUUCCAGUGCAGUGUAGGUGCGUUGCCAUUCAGACUCAGUUCUGGGGUGGUUUUGCAUAAAGCUUUGCCAAUGUGUUCUUUCUUUCUGUAUGUAUUAUUGCCUUUUUAUAAAAGGUUUUGAAGUAUUGUCUCAGUGAUAAAAAGAGAGAGAUGUUAAUGGUUGUUGUAUAUUUCACCGUAUCCGAUUGUAAGUAUUCGCAGGGUACAGCAAAGCCUUAGCUUGCAAGAGGAGCUGAAGGGGUUGGAAAGGUUCGGAUUCUUUGUAAAUGUCCUGCUUUUCUUUCUCUCUGUGUGUAUCUAUUUACAUGCCUUAGCACACGCCCUCCCAUCCCAACCCCUUUGCCCUGUCACCUGAACAACCACAAGGCUGGUGGCACUGCCAGCACAGUACAAGUCGAAACCCUAAUCAGUUAUCUCGUGUGACACGGGAAGAAGAGAAACUGCAUAGUAUUCUUUGUAGAAUAUACAUACCUGUAGGAUGCUGUGUAAUGGGAAACCAUAGACUUGGGCUUUUGUCAUUUCAAAGUUGGAGAAAUGUAUGAAUAAAAUGUAUAAAACCUGAAAA